AUGGAAAAGAAACUGGAAGAAGAUGACCAUGAGGCAGGUCCAGUUCCCGCACUGAGAUUGGACAGAUUUGGUUUUUUAAAGCAGGAACUUUCUCCUCAAGGUUUAACCAAGGGCAGGUCAGCCUAUGAAUAUGAGAGAGAGGAAAGAAGGGUUAGAAAAUGGAGGAAAAUGAUUGGUGUGGGAGGGAGUGAUUGGAAGCACUAUAUUAGGAGAAAACCUCAUGUUGUUAAAAGGAGAAUAAGGAAAGGAAUCCCUGAUUGUUUAAGGGGUCUGGUGUGGCAGUUGAUCUCUGGCAGUCGAGACCUGUUGCUGAUGAACCCUGGAGUUUAUGAGCAAUUAGUAAUUUAUGAGACAUCAGCUUCAGAGCUGGAUAUAAUUCGAGAUAUAUCCCGUACCUUCCCUUCACAUGUUUUCUUCCAGCAGAGACACGGUCCUGGUCAAAGGUCCCUCUACAAUGUUUUGAAGGCAUACUCUGUCUUUGACAGAGAAGUUGGAUAUGUUCAGGGAAUGGGGUUUCUGGCUGGUCUAUUGCUUCUUUAUAUGAGUGAAGAGGAUGCAUUUUGGUUAUUAGUCGCAUUACUCAAAGGAGCAGUCCAUGCACCAAUGGAAGGUUUAUAUCAGGUAGGGCUACCACUAGUACAACAAUACCUUUUUCAGUUUGACCAGUUAGUAAAGGAGCACCUGCCAAAGAUGGGAGAGCAUUUUACUCAAGAGAUGAUAAAUCCUAGCAUGUAUGCAAGCCAGUGGUUCAUAACCGUUUUCUCCUAUUCUUUCCCAUUCCAUUUGGCUCUUCGAAUUUGGGAUGUCUUUCUCUACGAGGGUGUUAGAAUUGUUUUCAAAGUUGGUUUAGCCUUAUUAAAGUAUUGUCAUGACGACUUGAUAAAAUUACCCUUUGAAAAACUUAUUCAUGCUUUGCGUAACUUCCCUGACGAUGCAAUGAAUCCUGAUACGUUACUUCCAAUGGCUUACUCAAUCAAGGUAUCCAGGGGUUUGGAGGAAACAAGGCAGGAGUAUGAGAAGAAGCAUGGAAAGAUCAAUCAGUCUACAGAGAAUGAGAAACAGUUGCAAUGA